GCAAGAGGCAGGGACUCCACCCGUGGAGCCCGGGGCCUGCCGACCCACCAGCUUAGGAGCGCCCAUCAAACUCUGGGUCAACGUGGAGGUGCCGGGCCACCAUGCUCAGUCUCAAGCUGCCCCAACUCCUUCGCGUCCACCAGGUCCCCAGGGUGUUCUGGGAAGAUGGUAUCAUGUCUGGCUACCGCCGCCCCACCAGCUCGGCCUUGGACUGUGUCCUCAGCUCCUUCCAGAUGACCAACGAGACCGUCAACAUCUGGACUCACUUCCUGCCCACCUGGUACUUCCUGUGGCGCCUCCUGGCGCUGGCGGGAGGCCAGGGCUUCCGGUCGGAGCCCUACCACUGGCCGCUGCUCGUCUUCCUGCUGCCCGCCUGCCUCUACCCGUUUGCGUCGUGCUGCGCGCACACCUUCAGCUCCAUGUCACCCCGCGCGCGUCACAUCUGCUACUUCCUGGACUACGGCGCGCUCAGCCUCUACAGCCUGGGCUGCGCCUUCCCCUAUGCCGCCUACUCCAUGCCGGCCUCCUGGCUGCACAGCCGCCUGCACCAGCUAUUUGUGCCCGCCGCCGCACUCAAUUCUUUCCUGUGCACCGGCCUCUCCUGCUACUCCCGGUUCCCCGAGCUAGAAAGCCCUGUGCUCAGUAAGAUCCUCCGCACCGCCGCCUUCACCUAUCCCUUUCUGUUCGACAACCUCCCACUCUUCUAUCGGCUCGGACUGUGCUGGGGCAGGGGCCACAGCUGUGGGCAGGAAGCACUGAGCACCAGCCACGGCUACCACCUCUUCUGCGCGUUGCUCACUGGCUUCCUCUUUGCCUCCCACCUGCCUGAGCGGCUGGCACCAGGACGCUUUGAUUACAUCGGCCACAGCCACCAGCUAUUCCACAUCUGUGCAGUGAUGGGCACGCACUUCCAGCUGGAGGCGGUGCUGGCUGAUAUGGGAUCUCGCCGAGCCUGGCUGGCCAUGCAGGAACCGCCGCUGGGCCUGGCGGGCACAGUGGCCACACUGGGCUUGGCGGUGGCCGGGAACCUGCUCAUCAUCACUGCUUUCACAGCUUCCCUAUUUCGGGCUCCCAGUGCGUGCCCCCUGCUGCAGGGUGGCCCGCUGGAGGGGAAUACAAAGGCCAAACUACAGUGAGGCCCCAGCUCUGAGCCUGCCUUGGAGGGAAGCAGAGGCCAGGCCCCCCUGCCCCGUGCUGGGGAGGAGCCCAGACCCAGGCCUGAUAAGAUGGGGGCACUUCUGAGCCUGGAACCAAGAGGAGUGGCUGAGGAGAGAGUGCGGAGAUCAUAAGGCAGAGGAGCGGAGAGGGGCUGGG